GAAAACAGAACAGGAACAACCGCGCUCGAUGAAGAACUAUAGUAGCGAAAUGCUGUAUACAUUCACUGCUGCCAUCUGAGCUGUUUGCCAAAGGCGAUAUCAUGGUGCUGUCACACCCCAAAUUCUCCGCGGGUGGAGUUAUGGUCCUUGUUGCCUUUCUCCUCCAUAUGUGCGCUGUCCAGGGUGCGUCUCUCCCCCGCUACCACAGGCUCCGGGGUGGAGAAGGUGAGGAAAGGCGCCCUGCUGCCUACCUCCCACCCAGUUCCGACAUGAUCAAAGCCCUUGAGUAUAUUGAAAGCCUAAAGCAGCGCAAGGACGGGGGACGUGAGGAACCCACAACCGACUACGACGAAGUGGAAAAGUUCCGCGUUCUGCUUCAGCUGGCCUCGCUCCGGGACGAGGGCGCGCGAGACCGACAAGCAUCCCCACCCGCUCAAAAACAGGACAUGCCGGCAGAGCAGCUAGUGCGAGCCCUGCUGAGGACCCUUCAAGACCAAGCCGGUCGAGACUCCAAACCAGCUCCGGUCGCACCCGUUAACGACCACCGCGCGCACAGGCACCACUCAGAUGACACAGGUAAGCCCGUAAGCGCACCUGCGGACUACGGCAACUUCCCUAGGCCACACAAAAAGUACCCGCUGAUGUUCGAAGACGAGGAGAAUCGCGACGCGUACAAGCGGGCCACGGAAGACCUGGAGGAGCAGUAUACCCCUCAAAGCCUUGCCAACCUGCGCUCCAUCUUCGACGAGCUGGGCCGCAUGUCCACCACCACCGGCCAAAAGAGAGACGUGUUCCAGGACGACGACGAUGAUGACGAAGACAUGUUCAGUUUGAGGAACCUGGCCUACGAGGACGUGGCCGGCGGUGAGGAGUGGGUACCCAUGGAGGAGAAAGUGGAGACGGAGGAGGUGGUCAACGGGAGCCACGAAGAAUUCGACCGAGGGCUGGGGGAGACCUCAGACGAACAAGAGGAGAUCGAGGGAGAAGGCAUUCAACGCCGGGCUACUCAGGACGACCAUCCCGAUGACGAUACGAAACUGGUGGAUUACUACCUGUUGAAGAUCCUCGAGAUGAGUGACCAGAGCCAGAAGAGGGAUAACAAAAAGAGACUCAUCCGCCCCUCCCUGAUCGAUCCCCGAACGCUGAAUGAACUCCUGGAGAUGUCACUGAAGCUCCAUAUCCCCCCGAACGAGCUCAUAGACAUGCUGAUCACGGAAGACAUGAGGAAACUGGACCGUCAGCCCCAAGAUACACCCCGCUACAGGACCAAUAAGCCGAGGGUCCGUUAUUACAGCCGUAGGCUACCAGUUAAACCUGCACCCGAGGACAUGGACAGAGAGGACUUUCUGAACAUCAUCGGCGUAGAGACCAUCAGCAAUGAAUAUCCCGUGAGGAGACCGCUCAAACCCGUCGCUGCCCCGGCCAGAGUUCCUGCACCCCCCGUCCCGGCUGUGGUUAAAGCGCCACCUGCCCCAGCAAAAACUCCAUCGUCUUCAGGCCGACGGGAAAACUUAUUCCUAUCUGAGCUUAACAAGAUGCCACUGAAAAGACAGUCCGACGACAACGAAGACGACGAAGUAGAUGAAGACGAGGUGUUUCUGGCCGCCAAAAUACUAACACGGUAUCCAAACUCCAUCACCAAGCGCGACACUCAGUCUCAGGCAAACGGACAGUUUCCCUAUGAGUUGUACGAACAGGCGAUGAAAGAUUACUUCGACCAAGCAGACGUUGAAAAGAGCACUCCGGCGAAGAGAGAUGCAGAAACUUCCAUGGAGGUGUUGGAAAAGCCCACGGAGAUACAGAUGAAAGACGAGAUCGCUGAGGGAACUGCUGCCCCUCAGAAAGACGACGGGAAGGAACUCCACGGAAAACCUAUUGGAGGAAUGUAGCUCCGGAGACGACGACAACGAGAUAUCCUCUAUUAAAAUAUGAAUUUAAAGUAAUGUUUAUACUCUCAAAAUAACCAGUCUGGUGGUGACCGUACUCUAUAGUUUACAUUCAAUUUGUAAAAUAUGAAAUAUAGCCUAUACUGUAUAUGACCAAUAAUAGUAUGUGUUGGGCUGGGCUGGGCUGGGCUGGGGACGAGUGUUUGUCGUGACUCGUGAUGUUAUCAGGGUUUGUGGGUUUCCAAAUAUUGUUCUAAUCUACAUUUCUGAAAACUAUUUAUGAUGUAGUCAGACCGUCGCCUGCCUUCUUCCAACCCAUAUUGCAAGCUCUGUGAUCGUUGGACUAUAUCGGUUGUUGUGCUAAAGCCUAUAUUAUCAUUUUUAAACCAUUUUGUACGUGUUCAAUAAUGUGUGA